AACUGAAGAGACUACAAAUUAAGCUCGCUGUCCAUAAGGUUAAUAUGAUUGCUGCUGCUGAUCACUAUGUAUAUUAUGUGUGCCGAACUUUCAUUAAUGUUGAUGCUCCAAAUCUUGAAGAGUUUGAUAUCUGCUUUGAUGCUAUGGUGAGUUUUUCUUUGAAGAACGUCAAACGUCUACGCAAAGCCAAGAUAGAUUUCUUUAAAGAGAUUAUGGACCAUGAUUGUUUCCCUGGCCUAGCGGAUCGCAUACACCAGAUUUGUGCAGGAAUCUGUGAUGCUAAGUACCUGACAGUAAAAGCUCCAAUAUUUGCAGCUCUUGACAUUGGUUAUCGCCGUCUUCUGCAUGCCUACAUUUAAGAAUUUGAACAAGUUGGAGCUACAACUUCAAACCUGUCGAUGU